CCUGCUUGGACACACACACGGGACUCACUGCUCCCAACUCGAGUGGGACCUUGGAAAAGCGCAGCGGAAAGCAAUGUACAGCGGGCUAUGCAUCUGCAUGUUCCUUGCCGUGCUCUCGGUGAGCUCCUUCGGACAGCAACCCCUGGGCUCGCACGAUGGGAAUCCUCUGCCUGCUGAGCUGGAGCAGAGCCCGACAGAACAUCAGCGGCACUCCCGUGCCCCGUCCUCUACCGGGCCCCUGAAAUCCCUGCCGCGGCUGGAUGCCAGCAGCGACCAAAGAGCCAACAUCGGCGCCUUGCUGGCCAAGUACCUCCAGCAAGCCAGAAAAGGUUCCACUGGAAGAUUCUCAAUUAUGGGAAACAGGGUACAGAGCUUUGAUCCUACUCACAGGAUAAAUGACAGAGACUACAUGGGCUGGAUGGAUUUUGGACGCCGCAGUGCUGAAGAAUAUGAGUAUUCUUCCUGAAGAACACCAAACUAUAGCAAAGGAGGAAAAAGAAAUCACACUCCCGUGUCUCUACAAAAAGAGAUAAAUCAAUUUGUUGUUCUCUUCAAAUCAGUGUUUUAAAGUAUUUAAAAUCACGUAUUUGACAUAAGUUUGCCUGUAAGACCAUAAAAUGCAAUAUAUACAUAUAAAGAAUUUUCCAGGAAAUGUUUUCUUUCUUUUGUGGUUUCUCAUACAUUGAUAUUAUAUUAAAAUGAUUUCACUUAUCCCUCCUUGUCCUGC